AUGAUAGUGGUGACUUUUGGAUGCCUGCCGCUAGUGCUACUGGCUCAGCGAGUCGAAGGGAAUUACAAUGCGGAAACCGCGGCAGCCGCCGAGGAGUCCAUCGCACUAAACUUCGUGCAAAGCAAGGUGCUACCACGAUUUGCUGAAGCACCGAUGCUCGUAGGAAACCAGAAGAAGUCUAAGCCCUGGCACCUCCACAACUACGUGGGCUUCUGCCACCAUAAAGCUGGUGUUUAUCUCUUGAGUGAGCUGUGGGUUUUGAGCUUUAUGGCCCUUGGAGCAAAGAAGAGCGACAUGGGAAUGUGGAUGCAGCCCUGUUACAGCCCUCAGGCUUGCUACUCGCCAAAGGCACCAAUCCAAUUCUGGGUAGACAUGUACUCAGCGGAAAAAGCUCAAUUAACACGGGAAGCCGCAGGAAAGAGAGGCCUCCGCGUCGUGGGAAUUGUGCGAGAUCCAAUUUCCAUGAUUGCCUCUGCAUAUUGCUAUCAUCAUCGUGGAAAGGAGAUGAACAAUUGGUUCUUCUUUCCGGCGAGACUGCUGUUGCUUCUGGGUCCCAAAGAAGGGCUCAAGUUCGUCGCCGAGCGGAUGGUACCAAUGAUGGAAAACCUGACGAGCGUCUUCGAGCACCAAUCCAACGACACCUUCCGCCUCGACUACGAAAAAGUCGUUGGCUCUUCCGAGACUUUCGACCAACAGAUGAACCAGAUGAUAGACUUUCUGUUUGGGGAUCAGAUAAGUGCUGCAGAGCGCAGCGAGGUCCUCAAUGCGACGCAGUGGGCGGACUUGCAUCGCCAUCCGCGUGCGGAUGACCACGGCAAUGACGAAGCCUGUGAGGAAGAAGUGCGGCAAUACGUGCCUACACUCCCACCAGACCUGCUCUCACAGUACCGCUCGUACCAGCAGCGGCUUGGGUAUGCAACUACGUAG